AUGGGUAAAAAAGACAAGAAAGGAGAAACAACUGAUCCUUCUAGUGAAGAAGAAUACGUCGUGGAAAAGGUGCUCGAUAAAAGAACCGUCAAAGGAAAGAUCCAGUAUUUGUUAAAGUGGAAAGGCUACAAAGAAGAGGAAAGUACAUGGGAGCCAGUUGAAAAUCUUGAUUGCGAGGAGCUCAUUAAAACAUUUGAAGACAGCAGGAAAGAAAAGGAGAAGUCAAAGAAGUCUGAAGAGCGUGGUAAAAAGCGAGUGCGUGAGUCCAGCGAAGACACCAGCGUGACAGGGCGCAGCAAGGGGCGUGCGACCAGCGUGUCUUCAAUGGAAGAGCCUAAGGAAAGCAAACGAGAGCGAAAGGAAGACAAAGCCAAGUCCGGGUUUGAUAAAGGACUGAAAGCUGAGAAAAUUAUUGGUGCAUCAGAUGCUACAGGCGAACUCAUGUUCCUAAUUAAAUGGGCAGAUUCCGAUGAAGCUGAGCUGGUGCCUGCCAAGGUUGCAAAUGUCAAAUGCCCUCAACAAGUGAUUGCAUUCUAUGAGGAAAGACUAACGUGGCACACGCCCGCAGAAUCUGAGUGA